GAAAAAAAAGAUUUAAAAGGAAAUCACAAAAUCUUGUAAUUCUUUAUCUUAUACAUCACAUGAGGAUGGAAAAUAAAACGCAAAAAAAUAGAAUUACAGCACAAAAACGAUUGCUACUUUUCUUCUAUUGAUAAAUAGUUAUAAAUUCUAGACUUUGAACAUGAGGAGUUUUUGAAAGAUUAUUUAUUUUAUCGUCGUUAUUUCCGGACUCUCAUUCCAUUGGUAUUGAAUGAUUUAAAGUAUUUAUUUUAUGUUACAUGUGACUGCAGAAGAGUUUUCGUUUUCCAAAUGAACGAACAGUAAUCAGUUACUCCUAUUAAGGGUUUUUGGAACAGUUAUCGAUUCAGUUGCUAAUUUCAUUCAUUUCGAUUAGAAGACUGCUAAAAAACGAUCCUCAUACAGUUUAUGUUGAGAGUGAGAGAAAAAGCUUCUCUGACUACCUGGUGUGCUAUCAGUAGUCAGUUACUACGAUUAAGAACUUUAAAACCUAUCAAAAACUAUCGAUUCUGUUAUUAAUUUCGAUUCCAGAGAUUUUUAAAGGAGAAUCCUCAUUUAAUUUGCGCUCCUUGUAACUAAAAGAGUGUUCCAUACGAUUCCAUAACUUUUUAAAAGAAAAUCUCUAGUUAAUUUUUGUUUCCUGUGACUGAAGGAGUGUUCCAAUCGAUUCCAUAUGUUUGACUGAAGGAGUGUUCCAUACGAUUCCAUAGCUUCUUAAAAGAAAAUCCCCAUUUAAUCUGUGGUUUGCGUGACUAAAGGACUGUUCCAUACGAUUCCAUAGGUUUUUUUUUAAAAAAAUCCUCAUUUUUAAAAGGAAAUCACCACUUAAUUUGUGUUCCGCGUGACUGAAGGAGUGUUACAAACGAUUCUAUAGCUUUUUAAAAGAAAAUCACCGUUUAAUUUGUGUUCCACGUGACUGAAAGAGUGUUCUAUACAAUUCCAUAGAUUCUUAAAAGAAAAUUCCCAUUUAAUUUGUGUUCCACGUGACUGAAGGAGUGUUCUAUACAAUUCCAUAGAUUCUUAAAAGAAAAUUCCCAUUUAAUUUGUGUUCCACGUGACUGAAAGAGUGUUCUAUACAAUUCCAUAGAUUGUAAAAAGAAAAUUCCCAUUUAAUUUGUGUUCCACGUGACUGAAGGAGUGUUCCAUAAAAUUCCAGAGGUUUUUGAGAGAAAAUAUCCAUUUAAUUUGUGGUUUGCUUGACUGAAGGUAUGUUCCAUACAAAUCCAGAGGUUUUUAAAAGAAAAUAUCCAUUUAAUUUGUGUUCCGUGUGACUGAAGGAGUGUUUCAUAUGAUUCCAUAGCUUUUCAAAAGAAAAUCCUCAUUUAAUCUGUUCCGUGUGAUAGAACGGGAGUUUUCGUUCAUUAGAUGUGUCAGUUAAAGGAAUAGAUAUAUCGAUGAGUAGAGAUAACUGAUUUUUAUCGACUCAAUAACUAAUUACAUCAACUUAUAAUCAAUAUCAGAUUAACAUAUAUUAGAAUCCUUUUUUCUAAAUUAUGGCUAACAAGACUAAAGGAGUAUUCACGUUUAUUUGGACUAUUGACAGUACACAAUUACUUAUAUUAAAGAGUGCAAGAGCUAUUGAGAGUCCUAUUGCUGAGGAUGAUAUAGUGCAAGGAAACAAAUGGUCUUUAAAAAUGUGCAGGAGAUCCCCUCUGUCAGAUCAUAUCAAUAUUCACUUGGAGAGAUAUAAUUUGGACGAAUCUGUAAAAGAUGUAUCGGUUUCAUUGAGGUUAGAAGUUGUUAAUUCGGAUGGGACUGCCUUCAAAAUUGCAAAAGAAUCAUAUACAUUUUCGAAACUCUCAUCACCUGCUAUCGAUUUUUUUUAUUUCGGAUAAGAAUUUUUUCUCAUAUCUAGGAAAAAGAAUGGAAAAAAUUGGUGCGAGAGACAAAUUGAUGCUGCGUUGUCAUAUAACUCACGAAGAAGAGCAUACUUGCAGCAAUCAUGCAGCCAUUCAAACACAGAUGUGCUCCUUCAAAUGGAAAAUAAAUAUUCCUGAACUUUCGAGUUUUUCAGAGAAAUUAAAAGUUUCCCCUCAAGAAAAUAUUCAUUUCGACAUAAUGAUAUCCGAAUCCAGUGAAAGAAUUUACAUAACAAUUGAAGGGGAUUUUAAUUUGUAUGAGCUGAAAAUAAUGGUGCUAGAUGAUAAAGAAGUGGAAAUCGACAUUAAGGAUCCAAAAUAUAUACUCGAGUCCACUCAAAGAUUUGAGACUUGGAUAGAAAAGUGGAAAACUACAGCUCAUUCAUGUUCUCAUUUAGCUUAUUCGUUCAAUCUAAUAUGCGUUAUUUCUGCUUACAGUGGAGUUUUGAAAUCGAUGGAAAGUGCUUCGUUUGAUGAUCAUGGUGAUAAAUAUGCCCUGAGAAAAAUGACUUCAUCAUCGAUGCAACAAGAUUUAAAAAAUAUGUUAUUAAGUGAAACACAUACCGACGUGAAAUUACGGGUUGGUGACCACUUUUUACCAGCCCACAAAUGCUUGCUGUCGGCCCGAUCUCCUGUGUUCGCCACCAUGUAAGAUCAAGAUAUGUUGGAAACUCAGACUGGCGUUGUUGAUAUUCCAGACGUAGAAAGUGAAACUCUGCAUCAAUUUUUAGAGUUUCUGUAUACUGACACUAUCACCAAUACUGAUUGCGAGAAAAUUUUGAAACUGUUAUUAGUGGCUGAUAAAUAUCAAGUGAAUAACCUAACAGGACGGUGCUCACAAAUAUUGAUUAUAAAAUUGUCCGUGGAAAACAUUUGUGAAAUAGUUUCUUUUGCCGACAUGUUCAAUCAACCAAAUGUGAAACUAUUUGCAAUCAGUUUUCUAAAAGCAAACAAAAAAGAAAUAAUGUCGUCCCUUGUUUGGUCAGAAUUGAUAUAAAAGAACACGAAAUUGGCUAAUGAAAUUUUAUCGAAAAUGAUUAUUGAUUAAACUAAACAACAAUGUGGAUACAAACGUUUCUUUCACAAAGCUGUGGUUAGUAACUUGGUUAUUCUUUUCGAUGUAAACAAAGUGUAUUUUUUAUUUCUAUUCGAGAACUAUUCGAUUUCUAUUUUUUGAUUAUAUUCGAGGUGUAAAGAAAAGUUCUUUCUUCUCUUUACUGGAUAGUAACUACAGAACAAAGGAAUUUAUCAAGAAAAUUUCGUGAAAGUCUCUCACACAUGAUAUGACAUGAAAAUCUGUUAGACCAUUAUACGGGUCAUUCUCACUGAAAAGGUAUAAAUAGACUAAAAAAAAUCUUAAAUUAAAGUAAUUAAAAAAGUAAUAAAAAUUGUAUAAAUGCCUUUAUUUUUGUUAUAUGUCCUUAUAAUAAUGGUCAAGUUUU